UCCACCUUUUUCAAGAAGCAAGGCGCAGCCAGAGAUCGGAGAGAUCGGUCCGGGGGGAAAAAACCAAUGGGGAGCAGAGAAAGCGAAAUGUACUUCGUCUUCAUGAACUACGAUCCCGAGUACGAGCGCCUCCGCACUGACAGAAGCAAGCGAGGAGCGUAUGAGUUGGACUCGUAUCUGAGCGCCAAGCACGACGGGUUAUUGGCAGCCACUCUUGAGCCGGGGACUUACAAGAAGACCUUCUCUCUUGUCAUCGUCGACGGGUUCGGCGUGGAGAUUUCCGAAGACCAGGCAAACGCGCUUAGAUCUGCGAAGGGAGUGAGGGUGGUGGAGAAGAAUCAAGAGCUUGCUUGAGGCUCUCUCUGUCUCUGUCUCUGUGUGCAGGCUGGUGUGUAUGUGAUGAUGUGCUGUUGAUUUGUAGAAGGAUGGAGAUGGGACUUGAAGACUGGACGACGACGUACGUGGACGCCGAUCGGUCCGGGGACAGUGUGAAUGCGUGCUGGUUAUGAGUUCAUUAAUUUAUUUUCGAAGGGGUAUAUGCUUCAUUUCAUUGGUGAAAUCAAGGCAUUUUACUUUACUAUUGUACUUAGCUCGUUUGCCUCUGGGACUCUCUAAUGCCAUUUAAAUAU